AUGUCUGGAGGGGAAAAUCUUGAUGUACCCCAGGAUGGUCGUCGUCGUGGAAAUUCUGUGGGAAGAAUAAACGUUGGUGAUACUUCUCCAUCUUUGACUACCAUGCAUACUUCAAAGUUCCAGAGAAGACAAUCGGAUGCCAGAGUUUAUGCAUUGAAUGAGAAGUCAUCUACUGAUCGUGACAUUUGGCGCAAGUUAAUUAUCGCUUUUAACGAAUUGUCUUACCGUCAAACGUGGAUCAAGCCUUUUCUUGUUUUAAUCUUCUCGGUUGCCACUUACUUAAUUUCAGACAAUGGAUCAGCUAUCCAUCUGUUUUUUGAAGCAAUGAUUAUUCCAUCGUAUCAAAUUGAAGGUUCCGACCAAUAUGGCAAGGGUAUCAACGAUUUUUAUUUUGUUGGAUUCUACGCUUUAUUCUUCACAUUUGUCCGUGAGUUCAUGAUGUGUUGUGUAUUGAAACCUCUUGCAAUUCGUCUCGGUAUCCGCAAGGAAGCUAAGGUGAAGAGAUUCAUGGAACAAACAUAUUCAAUGUUUUAUUAUGGAGUCUCUGGACCCCUCGGUUUGUAUAUCAUGUCUAAGUUACCUUUAUGGUUUUUUGAAACUACCCCAUUUUACACCAACUAUCCACAUUUUACGCAUGAUUUAUUUUUCAAAGUAUACUACUUGGGGCAAGCCGCAUUUUGGGUCCAACAAUCUGUUGUGUUGGUUUUACAAUUAGAAAAACCACGUAAAGACUUCCCCGAGUUAGUUUUACAUCAUAUCAUUACUAUUGCCUUAAUCUGGUGUUCUUACCGUUUCCAUUUUACAUGGAUGGGUUUGGCUGUCUUCAUAACUAUGGAUGUUUCUGACUUCUUUUUGGCAACUUCCAAGACUAUGAACUAUGUUGACUCCAUUUUUACUGGGCCAUUCUUCUGUGUUUUCGUUUUGGUAUGGAUAUAUCUCAGACAUUACAUCAACUUGAAAAUUUUAUGGUCUGUUUUAACUGAAUUCAAAACCGUCGGUGAAUGGGAACUCAACUGGGAAACACAGCAAUACAAGUGUUACAUUUCGCAACCAAUUGUUUUCGGAUUAAUUGGUGCUCUUCAACUUGUCAAUGCAUACUGGUUGUUCUUGAUCUUCCGUAUUUUGAAGAGAUAUAUUGUCGGUGGUGACACUGUUGAUGAGAGAUCUGAUGACGAGAGUGAAGAAGAAACAGUAAGCAGCGAAGAAGAUAAUAAGAAAAACCAGUAA